GAGAAAUACCUUUAAAAGCAAACCGCAAAGCUCUAGAAAUCUCUGAAAUUAUGAUCCCGAUUGCCCCCAAUUCGUACCAUUCAAAACCCUAGCUUUACCUUUAUUCCGAUAUCGGCCAUGGCGAACCCACCGUCUUCGUCCGCAGCUCCUCCGUUGACCUCUUCCCAAUUCACAUACGCGAACGCCUCUUCUUCAUCGUCCUACUUCCCCAUGCCCUUCCACCUGCAGCAAACCCAGUACACCGCGCCUUACGCCGUUGCAGCGCCACCCGCUCCGUCCGUCUACCCGGCCCCGGCUCCGGUCGCCGGUGUCUACUCUCUUCCUCAGCAGUAUCAGCAGGCUCAGCAGUUGUUUCAAAGGGAUGCGCAGACGAUUACACCUGAGGCUCUCGAGAGUGUGAAGGCUGCUCUUGCAAACAGCGAAAUUGAGCACAAAGCGGAAGCUAAGAAGAAAGCUAUCCCUCGUAAAGCUGCCGGGCAGGCUUGGGAGGACCCAACUCUUGCAGAAUGGCCAGAAAAUGAUUAUCGACUUUUUUGUGGCGAUCUUGGUAAUGAGGUGAAUGAUGAUGUUCUUUCAAAAGCAUUUUCACGAUUUCCAUCCUUUAACAUGGCAAGAGUUGUCAGAGAUAAGAGGACUGGAAAAACCAAGGGCUUUGGAUUUGUUAGCUUUGCCAACCCAUCUGACCUGGCCGGAGCACUAAAGGAAAUGAAUGGUAAGUAUGUGGGCAAUAGGCCAAUCAAACUACGCAAGAGUAACUGGAGGGAGAGGAUAGACUAUGACGCACUAGAAAGACAAAAGAACCACACUCACAAGAAACCAAAGCCUUCGAAGAAGAGUAUAUUGCACAAGUGAGCUAGAGACUCGUGGGCGGCGUGGUGAAUAUGGAAAUUGGGGCAGUGAAGCUUAAUGAUGAUAAUUUGAACGAAUGAUAGUAUGCGACGUGCAUUUUUUUCGUGUGUUAUACGGGGAUUAGAGGAGGAUCCUUUUAAAUACUAAUUAAAUAGGUUCGAUCAAGUAUAUUGAAAUGUGGUUCAGCAUGUUUGGGACAUGGUUCGGUACAACAAAUGCCUAAUACAAGUGGUUGAAUUCUUUA